AGCAUUUUUUUACAAGAACCACAAAAAAAAAACUUGCACAUGUCGGUCACUUAUUUCGUGCAAAAAUUGUAAAUUAUUUUUAAAAAAAUUAAGUCUCGACUUAAAAGUGAAAAAAAAGUAGAACAAAGUUUAUCUCAGAAAAAAAACAAAUAAAUUAAAAAAAAUAUGUGCAACUCAUGAAUAAUAAUAAAAUGUUAAAUGGAUCAAGUGCGUAGUAAUUCCCUGCGUUCAAAUAUUGAUUGGCGGUCUCCAAUCGCAUCGCAUGAAUGUUAACGGCAGCAAUCAUAUGCAAAUAAUCAAAUGAAAAAAGAGACAAAAAAGUAAAGUGCAAUCAAAUAAAAAAAAAAGUUUCGCAAAAAAAGGUUGAUUUUUGAUUUUUUUUCAGUGCAACAGUCCUGAUCAAACAUCAGAGAAAAAAAUAAUAAAAAUAAAAAAAAUAGCAACAAGCCAAUGUUUGUGUUUUAAAAUAGUCAAAUAAAAUCGAGUGUACUUGAAUACAAAAUAAGCGAAAAGAUAUCGAGAGGAAGUCAAGUGAAAAGAAAAAUAUUUACCAAUUUCGUGUUAAAAGUGAUAAGAAGUCAUUUUAUGUUUUCUGAAGUUGAAAUUCCGCAAGAGAAAAGUGUCUCUAAUCGCUUCCAUUUAAAUGCCGCCGCAAAUUAAGCAGAUUCUUGCAUCGUCCUCGGCAUCCAUGAAGAAUACGUUAACCGAAAGAAUGCAAUCUCGCGAUCAUCCGCUCAACCGUUCGACGCGCCCUCUGCUGGAACGGAAACAUUUCGCGCCACAACCGCCCAAACGCAAAAGCCCCGAACGAAAAAUGUACGGCUUUAAUGACUUCAAUUCGAUUCCGCGGCAAUACGAUAGUUUAAAUACGCGCGUUAACAUGUAUGGCGACAGCGAUUUCGUCUUUAGUGACACGAAUCACGAGCCGCGAUACAAAAAUCAAAUUAACGAUUCGGAUUCGUCGUCGUCGGAUUUUGAGACACCGAAGGCAAUGCGAAAACAUGACUUUUCGUGGAAACCAUUGCCGCCUCCGCCAACGACAAAUAAUGGUACAUCACAAGUUCGCGGUUCUCCAUUGCCGCCAUCCCGACAAAUUAUCACAGCAGACACCGAAGGACCCUUUGUGUUUGGCGUGCAUUCGCAAAAUUCCUUCUUGCCUGCGUAUGCUGCGAACAAUAAUAAAAGUAUUAACACUGUGAUACCCAAGCAAUAUGGGAAAUUCAUCGAUGUGAGUCCAAAUACGAGCCAGUCUCAAAGUGAUACGAGUCCCAAUUCAAAGGUUGUGAACAAGGAAAGACGAUGGCUGUUGCUGAACAAGAAGAAUAAGCGACGAUUCCAAGCGAAAGCUGAUAAAAAAGAAAAAGACGAAAACAAACGACGCAGUGCAAAGUCGCCGGGUAUCAAAUGUGUUGUGGUCGGCGAUGGAACCGCAGGCAAAACAAAUCUCAUCCAAUCCUAUCUGCUGGAUAACUACGUGCACGACUCGAGCUAUAUUCCAACCGCAUUCGACAAGUACAACGUGGAAGUUCAGGUUGAUGGCAAACCAUUGAACGUGACAGUCUGCGAUACAGCCGGUCAAGAUGUUCUCGAUCCCUUGCGACAACUUUGCUAUCCAAGCACCGAUGUCUUUCUCCUCUGCUUUUCUGUCGUCAAACCCGAAACCUUUCAAUCCAUCGAACGGAAAUGGGUACCUGAGCUAAAAAAAUACAACGGAAGUCUCUUGCUGAUCGGAACUCAUUCGGAUUUAAGAAGCGAUGCAAAAACAAUGCAGCAGUUACAAGUAUCUGGCGAGAAACCGAUUUCCGUGUCGGAUGCGUGGGACUUGGCAAGACGAAUUGGGGCAAAAUACAUCGAAACGUCGGUUUAUAACAAGGAAAAAAUAAAAGAAGUUUUCGACACGGUGAUAUGGGAUGCACUACAGGCGCAAAAAAGACGACCUCCCUUAUGGAAAAGAAUUUUUUGUCUCACGUAAUGAAGACUGUUAAUUUUUUUUCUCUAUAAAAAAAGACUCUUGAUAGAAUUUAAUAUUAUUUUUAAUUUUAUUUUAUAUCAUAACAAUAAAAAAAACUAUCACAUUUAUUAUUAAAAACUAAAAUAAAAUUUUUCGUUAGUUUCAUUGUUAUUCCAUUUGACUGUUGUAAUAAUAAAAUAAUAAUAAUAACGAGAGAGAAAACAAAAAAAAAUUAUGGUUAAAAAAUUUAUCUGCUAAAUAGGAUGUUUUAAGACCUCAUGCUCGUAAAUAAUGUUGCAUGCAAUAAAGAUA